AUGGCCAACCAUCAGUUGCCCGUAAAUGAUCAGUACGAGAAGAUGUUCCCAAAUGGCCAGGGAAAGAUGACCAGGGUGUUGGAUUUCAGCCAGGAGGAAAUGGAUCAGUUUUUCCAACUGACUGGCAUAUUCAGCUCGCUGCCAUUCGCAGUCGAGCCCAUAGAGGGAACUGGGCACAUCACAAAUUCCACCGUUGAAGAGCAUCCAGGGGACGAUUGGAAAUUGAAAUCACCGAUUGCUUCUACCUCUGGUGGUGAGUCUCUACCGGAAUAUCUGAAGCCUGUCUCUCUGGAAACUUUGCCUGGUAUAAACUCUCUAGCAUCUGAGUUCCAGUACCACGAUACUGUGAACUAUGUUCGAGGCACAACUCAAGAUUUCGUAAGUCAAGAUGCAAAUAUUCAAGAGUUCAAUACUCAUGGGAUGAAUACUAAUAAAUUCACCCUAUUCAACUCCAGCGACACAACCCUUUACUCUGCGAAUAUCUCGCUGAGUCAGGUUCACCUCUCGGAGGAAGUUGAUUUACUAGGGCUUUCACCCGACCUGCCAGGUCUUCAAACUCCUAGAUUUUCCCAGCCUUUUUCGUAUGCUAAUAAAAUGUUUCUGGAGCCAAGAGAGCAGCAAGUACCAGGGUAUGAUCUUAAAGGCUUCAAUUUAGGCACUUUGACCAAAGAACGAGAGAGUGAAGUACCAUUGUCCAAAGUUGCAUGUUAUGGAAACAAUCUUCAAACCUCUGACAUAAAAAGCCAUGAUAUUCAGUUGCAAACUCAAACACGAUACAGUCAAGUUCCAGAGAUCUCAAUACUGGACAGCUCCCGAGACUUGAGAAAUGAAAGCGAUAUCGUCAUCGGUGAUGAUAGUGGGCAAUGGGAUUGGUCGCUCAGAAGUAAGCUUCCACCUAUAUCUGACAACUUCAAUGGAACCACGAUGUUUCACGAACACACAGGUUUACCCAUUUCCAGGAUUCUUCCUCCACUUGAAGCUCAUUCAGUCCAUGGUCAUCAAAGCGAGGUUGCUCAAUCUAUUGAGUUUUCAGAGCACCAAACAGAUUCCUCUUCAAUUCACUUUAACCAAAUCGAGAGAAUUACAGGCAUUCAUGAUGAGAGAUAUCAAGAAUCUGAGAACGCUCAAGAAACUUAUUCAACGACAUCAGAAGGACUCCCAUCGUUAGAGUCUCAGAUAUCGCAACAAAUGACGACUUCCACAAGAAAAGGAGAUAAAUUAGCCAAACCUAUCCACUCCAAAUUUCAAUCUCACAGCUUUGUUACCCUUUCCAUGUCAUCUGUACAAUGUCUUGGGGUCAUCUUAGAAUACCAUGGAUAUAAAGGGAAAAUAUACAAAACUGUCAUCAAUAUGAACAUUGCCAAUGUUGCCAGUGUUCCUCAUGACCCACAGGAGAGAAAAAAGUUGGCUGCAUGUAUUUUCAACGCAUGUUGUACUCCAAAAGCUAUUGUUGAAGGUCAAACUCCAAACGGACCUCCGGGUAUGUCAUUUUCGGUGGUUAGUGGUGCUUUACAGAGACAGAUUUACUUCCGAGAGAUCGACGAGCUCACCGAUUCUGUGUCGUUCAUCACGUACGAAAGGCUGCCCAAAUUUGAUAUCAAUAAUCCAUACGAGCCUCAAUAUUAUCGAUAUGAAUUAAGUCAGGACGGAAAGCAGAUACCUGAAUCAAAAUGUGGGUUAUGUGCCUUCUGUCCUUUAGUGAAGUUCAAGCCAUUCAAAAAUUCCAGUUACUUAUCACAUUUGACUUUGGAGCACGGUGUCUUUGCCAACGGAUUCUUAAUUCCUGAAGCACUCUAUUAUGGCGAUUACCAGUUCAUUCGAUCUAGACAAGAUAGGAAGUUUAGAAAGGCCGUGCAGUGCCCUGCUUGCUUAGAAGUAGUGGAGCUUUCAUGCUGGAAAAACAAAAGCAACCCCCUUUUGAGCUACUUCCGACAUUUUAAGAAGAAGCAUCAAAAAUUGGUGCGCUCAUUUGUCAGAAGCACCAUUGAUCCUGUUGAAGUUCGAAACAAGAGUUUUGGGUAA